UGAAAAAUGGAAGGUAAACMUAUGUGCAAGGUUUGUGUGACUGGAGGUGCUGGUUACAUUGGUUCAGCCUUGGUUCACUCACUUCUACAAAAUGGUUACACUGUUCAUGCUACUCUUAGAAACUUGGGUGAUGAAUCGAAGGUGGGACUUUUGAGAGGUUUCCCAUAUGCAGAAGAAAGACUUCAUUUGUUUGAAGCUGAUAUUUACAAACCACAAGAGUUUGAAGAAGCAAUACAAGGUUGUGUGUAUGUUUUCCAUCUUGCAACCCCCAUCUAUGACACUUCUGGCUAUAAGUACAAUGACAAGAUUGAGGCAACAAUCAGUGCRGUAAAGAAGAUUGCGGAUGUUUGCAUACARUCAGGGACAGUGAAACGGCUCAUCUAUACAGCAUCCGYUGUUGCAGCUUCACCAUUGAAAGAUGAUGGGAGUGGUUAUAAGACCACCAUGGAUGAAAGUUGUUGGACACCCUUUCAUAUCAGUSUCCCUUACAGCAAUGAUAUCACAAAGGAAUACACAGAAGCAAAAACAAAAGCUGAGCAAGAGAUCUUGAAAAUUGGGGAAGAUAAAACAAAUGAAUUGGAGGUGGUGACAUUAACUUGUGGGGUGGUGGGAGGAGGAGGUCAUCUCACAUAUGCACCAACAAGUSUGAUGACAUUSAUAUCACAAKCUCAUUACCAAAUACUAAGGUACCUUGAAGAACUGCUAGGRAAAGUUCCCAUUGUGCACCUUGAGGAUGUUUGUCGAGCACAUAUCUUUUGCGCAGAGACGCCACUAGUUAAUGGGAGAUUCUUAUGCUCGAGUUCRUACAUAACAAGUGCAGAAAUGGUCAAGUAUUAUCAGGAAAACUACCCACAGUUUCCUCUKAACCAAGAGUACUUGGAARGAGCURGGACAGAAAUCAAAUGGGGCUCAACAAAGCUUGAAGAUAAAGGGUUUUCUUACAAACACGAUACCAAGACGAUCUUGGAUGAUUGUAUCGAAUAUGCAAAAAGAUUGGGAAAUAUCUAGCNAGAACAUGUUGAUGAUCUUCACAAAUAACCUUUGUUUUACUGUUUGCCAUCUUGUUUUGUUUUGUACAUAGAUAUGUUAUGUUCAAUAAAGGUUUCUUUAUGUUGUGGACA